AUGCGUCGAUUUAAGCUUCAGAUCCUGGCCGUGGCUUUGAGCCUCAUCGGACCAAUCUCAAGGCUUCCAGUGGUCUUCCUUGGCAGUGAGUCGUGCCAGCUGCGUCGGCGUCAAGCUACUGCAGCGGCACUGGUGGUGUCGACAGCGCCAACUUCCCACGCCGGAGCUGAGGACCGUGUCCAAACAGCAGCCUCGCCUGUGUCUGUGGGCUUGCUCGGUGAUGAUCUCGUCUACCCGCGCUGGUUUGCUGGGACUUGGGCAACCGUAGGCGAGUUGUACAAGGUGGAGACAGGCCCUUUGGGCGAGAACGCCUUGUCAGCCAGGCUGCCCGGCACGCCAGCUGCCAUGCGCAGGAACAACAAUGCAGUUGGAAUGGAAGCAGGUGUGUUUCGAGCACGCAGGCGGUGGAAGCCGACCGAGCGCGCAUCGCCAGAAGGUGGGGCUGGUGCGGAAGAAGACCGCGGGGGACUCCCAGCUGGGGCCGCCGCGGCUGCGUAUGCAGUGGGCGGUCCAGCCCCAAGACUGAAACAGACAAAGACGGAGGGUCUUUGGGAGGUCGCAGGACAAUGGAAGCUACAAGCCGCUGGCGCAGUAGCCCGUGCAGAUCCGGAGAUCCCUGGCGGAUUGCGCGUCUCAGAGCUUUUUGAGGUGCGGCCAAUCGACGCUGACAAGCUUUCGGCAGCUGUCCGCGUGGUCACCAUUUGGCGAGAGGCGAAGACCGAAGGCUCAGAGCAACUGCAGCUCGAUCUUCGGGAUGUCGGAGAGUUUGACAAAUCCCGAGGCAGACUACUUCAGGCUGUUCAGGUGGCAUAUUUAUUGCCUGAGGCUUCCUCACCCAGCGAGAAGAACUUUGGCAGUGUGACAACACGGUUUGCAUAUAGUCCUAUCAAAGGUUAG